GUUAUAAAUCAGAUUAGUUUCAAAUCUAUUAAAUGCUGUUUUUUUUGACGUUUGUGACCUUGUGUCAUUAUUUUAUUCAUAAUUUAAUCAUAAAGUAGUGUUUUUGUAGGUAUACGAGUUUUAAAUGAGAUAUAUAUAAAAGAAGUGUGAAUAUAUUGUGAUAAGAGUUAAUUAUCGUAACAUACAAAUUUAGUAUAACCUAAUGGCAUCUUCACAAGACGCCUGGUAUUUGUCUCUCCUAGGAUUAGCUGAAUAUUUUAGGACUUCCAGUCCUCCUAUGAUAAAAUGUUGUGUCCAGUGCUUACAGGCAGUUUUUACAUUUAAACCGCCUCCAAGAGUAGAAGCAAGAACUCAUUUGCAACUGGGAAAUAUCUUAUUAACUCACACGAAAAAUACUGAUUUAGCUAAGAACCAUUUAGAACAAGCAUGGUUAUUAUCACAAAUUAUAAAUUCCUUUGAUGAUGUAAAAUUUGAGGCAGCAAGUGUUUUGGCUGAACUUUAUGAACAACAAAAACAGCCAGCACUUUCUAAGCCAAUUUUGAGAAAAGCAAUUGAACUCUCUCAACAUAAUGUAUACUGGCAUUGCCGGUUAAUAUUUCAGUUAGCACAAAUACACGCAGCUGAAAAGGAUUAUCAGCUUGCCAGCAGUUUACUUGGAGUUGGUGUAGAUUAUGCUCAUAUCUCAAAUGCAUAUUAUACCAGGGUUUUGUUUCUUUUAAGUAAGGGAAUGCUUCUUCUAAUUGAUAAAAAAUUACAAGAAGUUCAAACUGUCUUAAACCAAGCAGGACAUUUAGUAGAGACAUGGACUGGAACCAUGUAUCAAAAAGAAUAUUUGAAAGUCUAUUUUUUGGUACUGCAGGUAUGUCACCAUUUAAUGGCCGGACAAGUUAAAAGUGUAAAACCCUGUUUGAAACAGUUACAGCAGUCAAUUCAAACCAUAAUGAGUACAGAUGAUG